CAUGGCGUGAUUCAUCCUCAUGUAGAGACGAUCUUUGUUCUCCACCAUCUCUGAAUGCUCGGAGCUUUCAGCCAUUUUAUCAGCGGCGUUAUCACAGCUCUGCUUUAUUUAUCUCGGGAUAUUUUAGCCCAGGUCAGUUAGGGGGAUCCGGGGCGGCCGAGGGCUCCGUGAGGCGGACAGGUGAGAACCGGGCUAUCCUCUCUGAAUCCGAGGAGCACGUGAACAGGUGAUGAGGAGGAACGGCGGACAUCAGGGAGCCAGAAAGUGAAGCAUCAUGGGAGGUGGCAGAUGGACGAGCACGCCGUGGGCCGAGCGCAGCCUGUGACACGCACAUGCACCAACAUACGCAGCACGAGUUUAACGCCAUGGAGCAAGGCUUCAGCAUCAACACGCUGAAGAAGCUAGCAGCAGAGCCCGACUACACAGACGUGUCUCUUACGGCGGCGGAGCGAGUGCGGGCACUGGGGAAGAUGGGAAACAGCGUGGAGAUCAACGAAGAUAUCGAACCCAGGCGUUACUUCCGCUCGGGCGUGGAGAUGGAGAGGAUGGCGGCGGUUUACCUAGAGGAGGGCAGCCUGGAGAACGCCUACGUCCUCUACUCCAAGUUCAUCACGCUGUUCGUGGAGAAGCUGCCCGGCCACAAAGACUACCAGCAGUGCGGCGUCCCGGAGAGACAGCUCAUCAUGAAGAAACUUCAGGAAGUGGCGUUUCCCCGUAAAGACGAGUUGAAGAAACGUCUUCAGGAGAAAUACAGCAGGGAACACAGCGAGUACCUCAGAGCCCAGAGCCAGCCGGUGGUGGAUGGGUGUGGCCAGCAGCUGCAGCAGCUCUCCCUAUUGGACGAGGACAGGCGGCGUUUCCUGAUGUUGGAGGAGGAGAAGCAGCGAGUGGCCGCUCUGCGACGGAUGCAGAUCGAGUCCGAACAGUUCAGAUACUUUGAGGACCAGCUAAGACGUCAGGAACUGGCCAAUAGGAGAGGAGAGGAGGUGGAGCCAAAGGCGAACACCAAAGUGCCUGAGGUGACAGACGGCUCCUGUCUGUCCAAGCAGCCAAUCAAAAACAACCUACAAUCCCAAGGGGCGGACCCUAACAGGAACAGACCGGCAGUACCAAUCAGCCAACCAGCCACCACGCUGGCUGGAGUUCACACCCAGAGGGUGGAGGGCCUGCGGAGGGUGGUGAUUCCCAGAGAUCUGACGUAUCGUUUCCUCCUGCUGGCUGAAUCAAACACCACACGAGGAAUCGAGACCUGUGGAGUCCUCUGUGGACGACUGACCCAUAAUGAGUUCGUGCUAACUCACAUCGUCAUCCCCAAACAGUCCGCCGGUCCCGAUUUCUGCGACAUGGAGAAUGUGGAGGAGCUGUUCAGUUUCCAGGACCAACAGAACCUGCUGACGCUCGGCUGGAUUCAUACUCAUCCCACUCAGACGGCCUUCCUGUCCAGCGUCGACCUCCACACUCACUGCUCCUAUCAGCUGAUGCUGCCGGAGGCCAUCGCCAUCGUGUGUGCCCCCAAACACAACGACACCGGGGUGUUCAGGUUAACGGGGCCGGGUAUGUCCGAGGUUUCUGGCUGCAGACUCAAAGGUUUCCAUCCUCACUCCAAGGAGCCGGCUCUCUUCACGGUGUGCAAACACGUGGUGGUGAGAGAGUCAAAGAUCAGCCUGUUGGACCUCAGGUGACAGACAGAGGGCGCUGUGGCUCUUCUACCAGCCUGUUUGUCCUUUUAAACUGUGAAUGAGCGAGUGAGUGAGUGAGCGAGCGAGUGAGUGAGUGAGUGAGUGAGUGAGUGAGUGAGCGAGCGAGCGAGCGAGCUGAUGAAGGUUUUUAACUUUGUGCUGAAGCGUUUUCAUGUUCGUAGUCGUUUGUUGCUUUUGUAAAGCUGCUGCUGCUUCAUCCAUGUUUAUAUUUCUGCUGUUUUUUGGUGAAUCCGAGUUUCUCCUGCCGUCUCGUGAUUUUAUGAAGAACAAGCUGAAGUUUUUUUGUGAAAGUUGAAGUGACAGAGUGCCUUCAUUUUAAACCAACAUUACCGUGAUGUUUGGGCAGCGCCCACACGGAGGCGCUCUUUCUAAAAACGAAGGCUUCCCUCCAUUUUUAAAGCUCACCACACUCAGGCUCCUCCUACCUAUACUGGCGUUCUGUUUUACUGCUAAAGUUAAUAAAAGUGCGCUGCUCAGGCUCAACUAUGAGGUCAAUCUUCUUCUAUUGUCACCUAUGGUCCCACCCACAACGCUAUCUGAUUGGCCAGACAUCAUACAGGCACUAGCCAAUCAACGCUGAGGCCUGAUGCCGCUGAUGGAGUCAGGCUACGUCAUCAUUUCCUGCGUUCCUGUGGUCAAAGCAGUGAGCAGACCUCAGGAUAAAUACUGGAUUAUUGACUUUAUUUAUUUAAAAUGUUAAAACAAGUCUAGCAUCCCAGUUACUGGUGAGUUUAUCUUUGAACUGGUUCUGACUCUACCAUCUCAGACGUCUGAGUUUUCUCCCCUAAACUCCCGGCGUCGUCCUCCCGUAACUCUCAGAGUGAGCGGGUGACGCUGACGUGGCGUCAGGAUGAAGGUUCUUCUGCUCUAACGUCUGCUGACCCUUCAGCUCAGCCAGCUGUCGGUCUUUGCACCGGCCCCUUUUAUUGUUCAGGUGUGUGUUGGUGUGUGUUGGUGUGUGUUGGUGUGUGUUUGUUUGGUUGUCAAAAACGGAGCUGCUGUUUUUUAAACCACUGCCAUUUUUGGUAAUAAAACACCAACUGCUGCUCGA